AUGUCCUUCCUUCGUGGUGGUGCAACCCCCGCUGGUGGUGUGAACCAGGAGCGUCUUGAAAUGGCCGUCAACGAGAUGGACAUGAUCACGGAUGUCUUCAACCGCAUUGUCAGCUCGUGCCACAACAAGUGCAUUAGCACGCGGUAUGCUGAGGGUGACUUGAACAAGGGCGAGAGCGUUUGCAUUGAUCGUUGUGUGGCCAAAUAUUUCGAAGUCAACAAGAAGGUUGGCGAGAAGAUGCAAGCAGCGGGUGCCAACGCAAGCGCUGGAGGC